GCGCGCUUCACACGGUCCUAAAGUUUUUUUUUGCUUGUACUUAUUUUUUUUAAAGCUUAAACAAAAUAUAUACAGCUGAUACGAAUAAAUCGGAAAUCAUGUACGGCAUGCUGCUGGAGAGCGUACAGCAUUUCAUUCAGCUGGAGUAUGGGGAAAACGCGUGGCGCCAAAUCGUCAAGCUGACCAAGUGCAAGUGGACCGUUUUCAAUACACAUCACAUAUAUCCGGAUUCCCUGAUGCCCAAUCUGGCGGAAGCCGCGGCCGUCGUCCUCACCGACCCCGAGGAACCGGAAGACCAGGAACCGACCGCCGACAGCUUUAUGCGUUACUUUGGCCGGUGCUUUGUGCGGUUUUUCAGCAACUUGGGAUACGACGCGCCAAUCAGGGCGACCGGUCGGUACUUCUGCGAGUUCCUGAAAAACGUGGACAACCUUCAUUUGCAAAUGAGAUUCGCCUAUCCGAAAAUGAAGAGCCCCUCCAUGUACAUGUCGCACGUGGACCGACAAGGGUGCGUGCUCGUGUACCGGAGCACCAGACAAGGGUUCACGCAAUAUUUCAUGGGCCAAUUGGACGAGAUCGCCAAAGACGUGUACCACACCAAACUCAAGAUCCGCGUACUUCAGGAAGAGCAUACGAGCGCUCCGGCGAUGCCAGCCGGUUCGCAAAACAUUCUGGUCAAGUUCCGUUUGGACUUUGACAAUAGCCAUUUCGUCGACCAAAACGCGGCCGUGCAAACCAUCGAGAGGCUUCAGCUGCCGCCAAUACCCAUCGCGGUGCUGCUUCGGCUGUUCCCGUUCGGGGUGAUCAUCGACCGGGACAUUCGCAUCAUGGAUGCCGGCGAAAAACUGUUAAGCGUAUGGGGCGUCACGCUGGAAGAAGUUCGCGGUCAUCCGAUUGUCGAACACUUGAUACUCCGACGACCCAGAGACAUACCGUUCACCUGGCCGAACCUUAUGUACUUGACUUCGGUGACGUUCGAACUGGAAGUCCUGCGGUGCACUCAUGUUCUGCUGUCCAAAAAUCAAAGUACACCUAAAGAUGAAAAAAAAUCUGUUAGCCCGUUGCCAGCGACGUUGGACAGAAGAGGUAGUUACGGUUCCAGGAGUAUCCUGCUCAAAGGACAAAUGAGACACUUUAAGGAAAUCGACGUGGUGGUGUUCUUGUGCAGUCCGGUAGUGAACAAUCUUGACGAAUUGCAAGCCAUGGGCUUGUUUAUGAACGAUCUGAACUUGCACGGAUUAAGCAGAGAGCUGGUGUUGGCAGGUUGGCAACACUGUUCGCGGUUGGAGCUUAUGUUCGAACGGGCAGAACAGUGGUCGCAGGAUCUUGAAGACAACUACGACCAGCUGGACCGGUGGAAGAGAAAAGGCGAUUAUCUUUUGUACUCCAUGUUGCCCAAAAUCGUGGCCGAUCAAUUGCAAAACGGACACAGCACCAUGGAAACUUGCAAGACGUUCAACAUGGUGUCCGUGAUGUUUUGCGAAGUCGAAGGCUUAAACCCGCAAUCGACAAUCCAAGGCGUAAUGAGCGUGGUCGAAUGUAUGAACACGGUUUUCAGUUGCUUCGACGCACUGACGGAUCGUUUUCACGUUUAUAAGGUAGAAACUGUCAAUCAAGUAUACAUGGCUGUCAGUGGCGCCCCAGAGUAUACCGACGAACAUGCCCAAAACGUUAUCGAUUUAAGUUUGGAGUUUGCAGAGACCAUCAGCGAUUUGCAGUUUCCCGACAACAUAAGGAUAACUAUAAAAAUCGGUGUACACUCAGGACCUGUGGUCGCCGGCGUUUGCGGUAUGAAGUUGCCCCGCUACUGUCUGUUCGGCGACACGGUGAAUACCGCGUCCAGGAUGCAAACCACCAGUGAGCCCGGUAAAAUCCACAUAUCUUGCACCACUCAACAGCUGUUGCCGGAUGACUCGUACGCGUUAAUACCCAGAGGACCCGUGGCGGUGAAGGGAAAAGGAGAAAUGGAAACUUUUUGGGUUCACAAGAAAUCGGAUCCGUCGCAAAUGAAACGGCGUAGCGUUUGAAUUACAAAGUCGAUUCCGGCAGUUGGCUUGGGAUUUAUUUUUUAUACCUACCCACGUCCAAUUACCAUUUCAAACAGUCUGCUAACCGAAGCUGAUGUCGAGCUCUUUAAACUCUAAACACUAAUAAAUAUACAUUAGACAGUAGACCCGUUGGAAAUUUAUGUGCACGAACAACGAAUAAAAUCAACAUUACCUUUAGAAAAGCAAUUUUAAAACUCUCGCAGCAGGCACUACUCGGAAUUGUGCUUGCCAAUAUUGUAGUUCGUAUAUAUUAUGUUCGACCCAAGUCCAACCGUAAGUACAAUUAGGGAAUUGUCAUUAGGAAAGGUAAAAAUUGUUAAUUAUUGUAUUGUUUGACAAAUUGAUGUGAACUUUGGCAAUUACUUUGUAUUUUUUUUUUUUUUUACCGAAAACAUAAAUAACUUGUAGCUAUAUUUUGGGACCAUUUGUGUUGAUGUUAAAUAAAGCACCCUGUAUAUUAUAUUGACUAAUAUUUAUUUGGGAAUUUUCAGUCUGCAACAUCAGUCGGCGAAAAAAGAAAAACAAUGCCGUCAAAAGCAGCGUUUCUCGUUCAUUUGACGAGGCUUACAUGUAAUAACAAAAUGGGCCACCAUUAAC